AGAGUCUACCAACAGGCAAGAUGGAUCACUACAUGGACAACUAUGAUAUGGACUAUGGCAUCCCUCCUGGUGAUAUCCCAGACACCACACAGGGCCAGGCCUUCUUUGUGGCCACCAUCGUCAUUGGUUUGGUGCUUGUCUGCAUCAUGCUCGUCUGUGGUUUGGGAAACUUCAUAUUCAUCGCCACGCUGACGCGCUACAAAAAGCUCCGCAACCUCACCAACCUGCUCAUCGCCAACCUGGCCAUCUCGGACUUCAUUGUGGCAGUGGUGUGCUGCCCGUUCCUGGUGGACUACUAUGUGGUGAAGCAGCUCUCCUGGGAUCAUGGUCUAGUGCUGUGCGCCUCUGUCAACUAUCUCCGGACAGUGUCACUCUACGUGUCCACGAACGCAUUGCUUGCCAUUGCAGUUGACAGGUUCAUGGCUAUAGUCCAUCCUCUGCGGCCUCGUAUGAAGUAUCAAACCGCCUACUGCCUGAUAACAGGGGUAUGGAUUGUCCCCAUUCUGAUAUCUAUUCCCUCUGCUUACUUUGCCUCUGAGACCAUGUAUCCUCAUGGUGGCACCACCCCCACCACUCACAAAGUCUUCUGUGCCCAGAUCUGGCCUGUUGACCAGCAGGCCUACUACCGGUCCUACUUCUUGUUUGUUUUUGCUGUGGAGUUUGUUGUGCCUGUAAUCAUCAUGGCUAUGUGUUACGCACAAAUUUCACGUGAGCUCUGGUUCAAGAAUGUCCCAGGUUUUCAGACGGAGCAGAUCAGGAAGCGGUUGCGUUGUCGCCGCAAGACAGUGAUGGUCCUGAUAGCGAUCUUGACAGCAUACAUCCUAUGCUGGGCACCGUACUAUGGCUUCACCAUCCUGCGAGAUUUCCAUCCGACACUCAUCUCCCGUCAGAAGAACUCACUCGUCGCCUUCUACAUCAUAGAGUGUAUUGCAAUGAGCAACAGCAUGAUCAAUACCUUUUGUUUUGUCAGUGUCAAGAACAACACAGUUAAGUACCUGAAGAAGAUUGUACUGCUGCGGUGGAGGUCAACAUAUGCCCCCAAUAAGACUGUAGACGAGAUGGAUAUUCGGACCUCCUCCAUGCCUGUAACGGAAGAAAUUGAGUGCAUUCACCUGAGGUGUAGAGAAGAAAACCUGUAAUACAACACUCGUUUAGAUUUGGACUGCUGAUAUGCAGAAGCCACAUGACGUUUGACCGUCAUGAUUUUAACAUGGCACAUUUCUCAUGUUUAAAUCACAUUUUGGAAAGAUUAUAGGCAUCCUGAACCACAAGGAAAGGUCAAACCCUCACAAUAUAUUGAUUACUGGAGUCACAUAGCUCUGAUGGAUUGUUGAGUCUCAUUGCUAAGUUACCAUAUACCGACACUAUGGGUUGGUAUAAUGUCCCAAAUUCUCACCCAGAGUGUUGGUGAUUGACUCAACAAUCAACUCUUCCUCUCCAGAACUGUCAUCCAUACUUAGAGCUUACUACACAUGGUACUGCUGUUUGGAGUAUUAUGAGAAUGUAAUUGUUUUGCAUACAGUGACUAUAAACUUGUGAUAUGUGAUAUGUUGUAGCAUGUGGAUAAGACGGUAGCUUUGUAAAUAACAGCUACUUCUGGUCUCUACUGAUCCACGAUGAUGACUACAUAAAGUUAAUCAGUGUAUCUCUUAUAUCUGUGUUGCUUGUGUUGCUUUUCAUUAAAGUCAAAUAAGACUUAAUACUAAAAUAAUUUAACUGACAACCAUUUUGUACCUUUAUUUGUGUUUUUUUUUUUUUGCUUUUCUUUUUGCCUCUAAGAAAUGAUUAAUGAUUUGUCAGUAGAGAUGUAAUUAUGUGGAAUGUAGCGUAUUGAGAAGGUCUUUCGAAUGUCCUAAAGAGAAAAUAUUUGUUUCUUGUUUAUCUGUCUGUGAAAAGAGUUGCAUGCUUUCUUUGUACAUGAAUAAAUGUGUGCUUAUGUUAAUAAACAAUGCAAUACUGGAAAGAAAACUAUAAUUAGAUUUGUUUUUUUCCUGUAUAUUGCCAUUCCCUGUAUAAAAUCGAUGGACUUUAUCAUCAGCUGUUGAUCUUUAAAUGUGUGAUACUUUACAGCAUACAGCAUUGCAAUUAUCAUCAUAAACCUUGUCAUGUAUGGACAUGAACAUAAAUAGUUCUGGGACAAAGAUCAGCAAUCUCAUUUGUUUUUUUUUUGUUUUUUUUCAACUGUCCCAGGUUUCUUGAAGACUUGUUUAUGUAAUAAAUAUUAGAAUCAGGAGUGGUGGGAUUUAUCACUCAGUUAUGCAUAGUCUCACUCAGUACGGUUAUUUAAAAAAGUAAAUUUAC